AUGGGGAAAACCGGCCGGUGGUUGAGAAACUUCCUCACCGGAAAAAAAGACAUUAAGGAAAAGGAAAAGGAGAAAGAAAACCAGAGUUCAGAUGCAAGUAAUGGCUACGACCACCGUCCGACGACCCCCAUCUCGUCGGCGCAGCCGACCACGCCCAAGGAGAAGCGGCGCUGGAGCUUUCGCCGGUCGUCAGCCGCCGCGACGGGCCGCCCGGAGAUGAUCCCGGCGGACGGCGCCCCCGGAAGCGACCACGGGACGGAGAGCGGCUCGAGAAAGCACGCUCUGGCGGUGGCUGUGGCCACCGCGGCGGCCGCGGACGCGGCGGCGGCAGCUGCGAAGGCGGCCGCGGCAGUGAUUCAGCUGGCGGCAGAGUGCGGCAGGGAUGGGGCUGCGGAGGAAGCCGCGGCUGUGAAGAUCCAGUCCGUUUUCCGGUCCUAUUUGGCAAGAAAAGCUUUGUACGCACUGAAAGGACUAGUGAAGCUUCAGGCACUGGUACGAGGUCACCUGGUAAGAAAACAGGCCACAGCUACCCUUAGGUGCAUGCAAGCACUGGUGAGCGUGCAGGCCCGAGCCUUAGCCCAAAGAGCCAGAAUGGCUGAAGACAUUAAACACAUUGAUCAAAAGCCAUACAAUCAUCCCAGAAAAUCCACCCAUGAUUACACUUUUAGAGACUCCAAUCAAGAUUACGAGCGUGGAGCAGAGGAGAACAUCAAGAUUGGGGACCCGUGGCCAAGCAAGUAUGAGGUCUCGCCAUCCCCAUCGGCAUGCAGCAACUACCUGGAGGACUUUUCGUUCGCCCAGAGCCAGCCAAGGCCCGACCCAACCCGUGCCCCGCCUUACCCAAGGUCGGAGUAUGCGGAGUCCCUGUGUGGGGAGUACCCGAGCUACAUGGCCAACACGGAGUCGUCUCGGGCCAAGGCCCGUUCCCACAGCGCACCCAAACAGAGGCCCGCGAUGGUUGAGGCGUGCGAGCGCAACCCGAUCAGCCGGCGCCGGCCGUCCAUCGAGGGGAGGAACGUGCCGAGGGCCGUCCGGAUGCAGAGGUCGUCGUCUCAUGUAGGGUCGGCUGCGCAGAAUUAUCAGUAUCCGUGGUGCGUGAAGCUCGACCGCUCGGCCGUCUCCCUCAAGGACAGUGACUGCGGCUCCACCAGCACUGUGCUUACCACCAACACCAACUACUGCAGGUCGCUCGUCGGGUUCCAAGUGCAAGGAGCUAGAUACUAG